AUGGACAACAUCGACGAGGAAUAUGACCGGCUUGUUGAACACCUUCACGACUGCGCAAAGAAGGCUGAGAGUUUUAAAACCACCAAGAGGCGCCUGUCUCUUGAAACUCUUGAGCUAAUACGCCAGCAUGGAGCAGCACGAGCGGCAGGGAACCAAGAACUCACGUCCGAGCUCGCAGGGCUUUGCAGAGAGGCGAUAAAGGAAGACCUUAAAGAGGGAAGAGCACAAGUGUUGGCUGAAACUGCAGAGGCGGGGAAAAACAUCCGCUAUGCCCGUCGAGACUUCGCCAGUCGCAAGACGAGGAUGAUUGCUUUCCGAAACCCAAAGGGAACAGCCAUUGCAUCGAGAAGGGGGAUGGAGAGAAUCAUCUAUGACUUCUACUCUGAUCUCUUCGACAAACAUGUCUACUUGCCUCCUCACCAUCUUAGGGAAGACGGACAUGUUAUUCCAUAG